UUGACCGCGCGUAACAUCUCACUUUAAAGACUUUUUGUUGAAGACGGUUGCAUAUAGCUCAUUUUCUAGCUUUUCGUUUUUCGAAAAUUAUUAGUUUACGGAAUUCAGCUUCGUUUUUGUUAUGACGUACUGCGCUAGUGGAUGUCAUCAAGUCGUUUAAUUUUGUAAAUCUAAAGCCAGUAGCUUAAAUUUGCUUGUAGUCAACGAGCUAAGCGAAGAUAACUCAUCAUCUUCAUCGAUAGCUGAGAUCUACCAGAAGAAAUAAAUCACAUAUGAUAUUGCGGUUUCAAUUUUAGAUCUCUAUGCUCUGAUCGUCAAAGAAUUCGGUGCUUUGGUUAAUAUUAGAAGUGUGGCCACAAUACGAAUUUGUAUAUUUUUCGAUGGCAAUUCACCCCUCGGGGGUUCGGUCUCAUAUUUGUCGUCUGUUAGAUUGAAAUCAAAAGCAUCUGGACUUGAUUUGAUCGAUUUGAAGACCUUUCGUUAGAGUUACUUCAGAAGGUAUUUUGCUGGAAGGCUAACUAAGAGGCAACAAUAAGAAGAACCCAACUUUGCGGUGCCACUCCGCCAUGUUAGGUGUUAUGGACAAUCACCAAGACACGGUUCGAAAAUGUAAAACGGAGCCUUUGCCUCCAGAAGGUAGGAAGAGGACUGUGGAGGAUUUCAAUAAGUUUUGCAGCUUUGUCCUGGCUUAUGCUGGGUACAUUCCACCCCAAAAAGAAGAGAAUUCGUGGUCUUCUCCAUGUGCACAUGGGUUGUCUGAGCUCUCUGGUGAAGAGUCAGUAAAGGACAGCUGGACAGGCAGCCACUCCAGCCUCAACAACAACAUCCACAACUUUGUCUACAAAGCUCAGAAUGACAGCAGUAGUUCAGAGUUCUGCCAUUCUCAAUCGGACAGCUCCUUAGACAAGAUGAGACUGAAAGACUCUAUGAACCAGAUCCAUCUUCACAGCAAAGCUGAGAGGAAGAAGGUGAAGAAACUUAGCCGGUUGUCUUUCGGGGGAGUAAGAAAAGGCGUGUGUGGUGUCUCGGAGGCGAGAGCGCAUAAACAAUCCAAACCGGGGCUGAAGAAGAUAAAGAGAUCAGUAAAGUCUGAGAGAGACUUUACAUGCACAAGCUCUGUGAAUGAGGGGCUUGGAAUGGAGGAGGGGCUGACGGAACAGGCUGUUGACAUGCAAGGGGCGGCGGCUCUUAAACUGGAGUCCAAUCAAGAAACAGACGUGAGUUCCUGUGAAACUGACACAUUGGUGACAGAUGAGGAUAUUAUGGUGGAGUCUGGUGAUGAUUCGUGGGAUUUGAUUACCUGUUAUUGCGGAAAGCCUUUUGCUGGUCGACCCAUGAUUGAGUGUGACGAGUGCUCCAUAUGGGUCCAUCUCUCCUGUGCUAAGAUUAAAAAGUCGAACGUACCUGAUAUUUUCUACUGCCAUCGAUGCCAGGACUCUCGGCGCUCCACAGUCAAAAGAGACAACUGAGAAUGAGUGUGUGGGUACAGAUGAUGUGUGUGUUUGAAUGGAUGGGAGGGGUUCUCAUACCUGUCCCUUAUUACUUUAACGUUUAUUUGUCUGAUCACUAUUAAUUAUGGUUUCUAUUAAAUUAAAUUAUAUAUAUAUAUAUAUAUAUAUAUAUAUAUAAAUAUUUUAUAACUCCCAUUGUUCUGUGUUGAAAGAUAUGUGGUGUGGUUUAUGACAUUAAACAGAAAAUGGCUUUCAGGUUUAACAAGACUGGUUUCCUAAAACUAAAACUUGUGCACUUAUUUUUACUACUGUACACAAAUUAACUAAUGAAUUAAUAUUGGUUUAUAAAAUGUGCACUAAGCCACAUAUAAAGAUAUAUAUGUGUGUGGAUGAAUGACUGAGUAUUUCUUGGCCCUGUGUGUUAAAGCAAACUAGUUCUAUGAAAUGGGUUCUCUUUUAACCAUUGCUUCAGAUAAAUGGUACUAUAAUUAUUGCAUUUUAAUGUUUCUUUUUCACUGGUGAAUGGCUAUAUAGGUGUCUAAAAUAAAAUGGCUAUAUAUAUAUAUAUAUAUAUAUAUAUAUAUAUAUAUACAGUAGAUAUAUAUUUAAACUAUAAUUUAUUACUAUAAUAUACUAUAUAUGUGUAACAAUAAAUGUAUAAUAUAGUAAUAAACUACAUAUUAUCAGUAUAUAUUACUAUACCACAAAUUGUAUAAUUAUAAUUGUACAUUUCACCUGAAUUGCAUGUACAUUUAUCAUUAUAUCAACUCAACUUCCAGUAAGGGCCUCAAGUGUUUUCUAAGCCAGUGUUUCUCAGACUUGCUCAUGAGGGCCCCUGUACACUGUGUAUGUUAUGUGUCUUGCUAAUCUGACUCCCAGUUUGGGUCAUUGAGCACUGUACUUAUGAUCUGAUGAGUGGAAUCAGGUAUGUUAGAUAAGGGAGGCUUCCAACAUGUGCAGUGUUGGGGGGAUCCCACGAGCAAGACACAUUGUUCAAGUAAAUUUGACAUGUCAGUUUUUCCGUCAUGUGACAAAUUUUCUCACUUCCAUUGUUACAGAUGGUUAUGGAAUGAACUUUUGACUGUUGUAUAGCAGAUUUCAGCAUAUUUAGAUUCAUUUUAAAUGUUUGAUUUUUUUAUUUGUUUUGUUACUCGUGUCAAGUUGCAGUUCAAGUUUAAAAGUAACAUAUGACUCUGGUAAAUCAAUCAUGUUUGAAUUUAGGCUCAGUUUUCCACAUUGUACAUCAGAAAACAAUAGUAGAAUUGUUCAGUUUUUUGCUUUUAAUAUUCAUAAAAUCAUUUGUAACACCAUUUGUAAUUCCACUUGCUUUGUAUAUGUUUCAUGCUUGUCCCAAUGUAAAUAGAUGUACAGGUGUAUAUGUUUGAGAGAUUAGGAAAUGCUCUAUUUUUCUGACCAUUUA